UCUGAAAAAUUUUUUUUGCAGCUUCGGAGAGCCUUACAUUACAAUUUUAAAUAGAGAUUUAGGUUGUGGGCAUUUAAGCUUUGAAAUAAUGAAGGAGGGAGCUUUUCUUCUUCCUGAACUUUUCUACAAGAUGGAUGCUGGUUUUACACUUUUUUUGCAAAAUUCUGAUGGAGCUUAUGCUAGAAUUGACCCUAUAAUUGAGAAACCACUUUUUAAUGAAUAUGUUAACAGUAUUUUAAACGAAAAAGAAAAUGUUAAAAAAGUACUUCAAAUAAUUGUUGAAUGGGAUUUGUCUUUAAAAGAAGAAUUUGAAACAAAGUCUAUGAAAGAACAAAUAAUUGAAAAUUAUUCUUUACUUAAUUAUUUUAAUUAUGAAUCUAAACCUGUUAAAUUACGCGAUAUGAUAUAUGAUGAUUUUAAUGAAUUUGGUAAUAGUUAA